UUUCGGCUAUAUGACCCACCCACGUGACCGCACAACGAUUUUAAUCACCAACCGGCUUCCGCGCACAACGAUCUUUUUUAAUCUUGCAAGGUUGAGGAAGACACGACUGUCGAGGCCUUCAUCAAGAUGCAGAUCUUCGUCAAGACCCUUACGGGUAAGACUAUCACCCUUGAGGUGGAGUCCUCCGAUACCAUUGACAAUGUCAAGUCCAAGAUCCAGGACAAGGAGGGUAUUCCCCCUGACCAACAGCGCCUGAUCUUCGCCGGCAAGCAGCUCGAGGAUGGCCGCACUCUUUCGGAUUACAACAUCCAGAAGGAGUCGACCCUUCACCUCGUCCUUCGCCUGCGUGGUGGUGGUAAGAAGCGCAAGAAGAAGGUCUACACCACCCCCAAGAAGAUCAAGCACAAGCACAAGAAGACCAAGCUCGCCAUCCUCAAGUACUACAAGGUUGACGGUGAUGGAAAGAUCGAGCGUCUUCGCCGCGAGUGCCCCGCUCCCGAGUGUGGUGCCGGUGUCUUCAUGGCCGCUAUGCACAACCGCCAGUACUGCGGUAAGUGCCACCUCACCUACGUCUUCGACGAGGCCAAAUAAAUGGUCUAAGUCGGGCCGUGGUGUGCUGUCACCGAGCUUGAGCAUGGUUUUCUCUGGGCUGGGGCAAGUGAUGGAGUAUCACGG